AUGUAUUACGAUGAACCAGAUUCUGGAGCUUUUGCUACAAAAAAUCCAGCAGACAAAUUUACAAAUUUGAUGGAAUUUAGUGAAUUGAGAUAUAUCAUUAACUUGCCAUGCAACAAGGCUAAAGAAAUUGUUUCUUUGGAAGAUUCUGUACAUGUCUUUUCAACAUCAAAUCCAUUUGGAAUGAUUCAUUUUGAGAGUAAUGCAUGUGAUUCAUUCAAAGUGACCGAGUUGUACUAUAUUCAAUCUAAAUUGGGUCCAAACUUGAGUUUUGUUUCUCUUAAAAACAUCAAGGUAGUUGCCUUAUUUUCUGCUAAACUUGCUAGACCAGACAGGUUCAAAGUCGAUACUCAAUCCAAUUUCAUAGACACUGAUGUGUAUGCACUGAUUUAUCAUCCAAAACUCAAUAAGAAAUUUGAAUUGGACUUUUCAUAUAGUCAAUUCGUUCAAAAUUCUCUGCAUAAGGAUGUGAGAAGUUUACCGAUUCAAAUUCUAACAGAAUUUACCGAUAGCCAUUCAAUGGUUGGAAUCUAUCAAAGUGGAUCAAGAACAAUUCAAUUAAUUGAUAUGAGCUCAUGGGAUCCUUCCGUUCCUAUCAAAAGAGGUACACCUCCACAUAAUUCUAAGAGUAUCCACUUGCCUUUUAACAUAGACACCGUUAGAUGGCUCUCACCAAAUACAUUCCUGGUUUUAGAGUAUGGUGGUGUGAGUAAUUAUUGGAAAGUUGUGGAAUUGAAUGGAAAUUCUGUGGAAAUUAAGGAUGUAAGCGACAUGUCAACAAUAUCUCUCAAGGAGUAUCAUGUAAACUCGAGCGGAAAGGAAAAUCUCAUUUUUGCUCAACCAUUUAUCAAGGAGAAUACUCCUCAAGAAGUAUAUUUGAGAAAGAUUGCGAGAAAGGAUGAUUUACUCACUAUUGAAACUGAUUUAUCUCUUCAAAAAGGAAAUCCAAAAAUUGUCAAUGUACAAACCAAGUAUUUGAAGAAAUCCAACCAAUUGGUUCUCCUACAUCACGAUAACGAUGGUCUUCCUACAUUGGAUGUAUUGAAUUUUGAAAGGAAUACUUAUCGUAGAGUAACUCCCCCUGAGAGAAAGUCCAAAGUUGCACCUUCUUUCGAUUCUUCCAAGUCUCGAUUUGUAGACCUUUCCAAUGGAUACAUUGCACUCUUAGAUGAGGAAAACAAACUCUUCUUAUUCAAUUUGAAUGUGGACAAGUUAGCAGAGGAAGCUAUCAGCUGGAAAAAGUUCCACACUUCUGGUACCUCUUCUGACUCUCUCAAAAUCGAAUAUAUUCAACAAGACAAGGAAGCUAGCUUCCCUAAACACGGAAAAAUUGAUGAUUUGCCUCAUGUUGGAGGUAAUACUUUUGCGGGUGGCUCUGGAGGGUUUGAUACUGCCGGCUUAGCAGGCGCUGGAGGUCCAUACCGAUUAUACAAGGAGGGAAAUCCAAUUGUUCAAGUUUCCGAUGAAGUGAAGAAUAAUGUUAGUAAGGAAAUUUUGGAAAGAGCCAGAGCCAUGGCAGAACAAGCAUACAAGAAGAGAUUGCAAGAAAUUGACAUGACAGCGCAUGAAAUGAACUUGUACUCUCAAUAUAAGAAUAAUGUGAGCCAGCAAAUUGAUCAACUGAGAAAAACUCUUGCAGGAUUAAAGUGGAGAGAUGAAGAGGAGGAACGUGUUUGGAUUAAAAAUCAAACAACAGGUGAAAUUGAUGAUAACAAGAUUGUGGAAGGAAUUGUUGGAGAAAAGAACAUUUACAAGAGGAGAGCCAAUGAAAAUGAAAAGAGAAAAUCAAAUCUUCCUAAAAAGAAGAAGCUACUCCACUUUGUAAUGGAUGUUUCUGGUUCAAUGUAUCGAUUCAAUCAUCAAGAUGAAAGAUUGGACAAAAUGUUGGAAAUUGCUGUCAUUAUUAUGGAAAGUUUUAAAGGAUUUGAGGACAGAUAUGAAUACAAGAUUACAGGGCACUCUGGACAAACAAGUUGUUUGGAAUUGGUCAAAAGAGGAGCUCCACCAAAAGAUGAAAAGGAACGUCUCAAGGUUCUUCUUAAAAUGCAUGCUCACUCGCAAUAUUGUUGGAGUGGAGAUACGACAGUGCGAGCAAUUAGAGAUGCUUCAAAGAAUGAGGAAAAUGAUUUUGUUUUUGUCUUUUCAGAUGCCAACUUAUCAAGAUAUGGAAUUUCACAUCAAGAUAUUGCUGUUCAUUUGAAGAAGAAUACCUUUAUCAUUUUCAUUGCAUCCAUGUUUAAUGAAGCACAAGAACUCAAGCAAGGUCUUCCAUCUUCCAAUAGUUUCGUAUGUUUGGAUACACGAGAAUUAUCAACAACUUUCAAGAAGAUCCUAUCUCAAAACAUUACCAUGAGUAAAAAUAAAUAA